AUGAGGGGGGUUGGUGGGGGUACUUUGAUCCGAAAAAUAUUUCAAUCCAAACACACACGUUUAGCAACCAAACCACAUGAGUCAUCAUCCUUCUCCUUCAUUCAAAUCAACUCUGACGAACUCCGGUCAUUCUACGACGGGUUCUUGGGCAUCGGCAGGCCGGACGAUGAAGCAAAUGGGUCGAUGAUCUCAAUCGCCGACUCGUACAGGAACGGGUACAUCGAGUACGAUGAAUUCCAGAGGGAAUUGAACAGAAGGAAUGGUAAUGGAAGAUUCUACGUGGGUAUUAUUGAGGACGCUUUUUGGGUCAUGGACAAGAUGGGUAUUAUUGAGGAGGCUUUUUGGGUCAUGGACAAGGAUAUAUGGGGAUGGGGAAGGUGGGCCACAAAGAUCUGA